CCUACCUAAUUAAAGCAUCCCGUCUACGAGUAUACCCGAUAGGCCUCUCGGCCAUUGUGGCGAUGCAACGCUGGGCGCAAGGACUUGGUACAUAAUUAAGAUAUGGACUCAAGCAUCUGGCAGUUCGUACUCCAUGUCUGAUGUAUGAGGUCUUUCUGUACUCGGGCCCGUAUUCAUUGAACUCUAUCGUACACGUCAGGUGAUCUCUCAAAACUGCUCGGAUGAUAUCACGCCGCUUUUACAUCAAUCAUCAUGAGGCGCACACAUGAAUACACGGCAUCUCAAUAUGUGACCGACUCAGGAUUUCCUCUCUCUUGGAUGUGCCGCUGCGUAUGUACUGGUCGCGCAGACGAAGGGAGGGAACAAGAGGCCGAAGAAUAUCACCAACGCAACAAGCCCGCGCCCAACGUCAUCAUUGGCCGUCCUGCAGGCCGCGACGCAUAUCAUGGGCAAUCAGCCAUGCGCUAUCCUCGACAAAAUGAGACCAACACAGAAGCUGGAAAGACGACUGUGCAGGAAAUUACCGAGGAGUCCGGUCAACCAUCCACAGACACCAAUGCCAAUACCAAACCCGACCCCAACCCCAACUCGAACUCCAAUGCUACGACAACUUGAGCUUCCUGAACCUCGAGAUUUGGUUAGUCUAGGCCUACGUGUUUCCUACCUGCGCCAAGAGUUCUGCGCGUGAGGAUCUCUCACUACGAUUGACCAGCCAGGAUAUGAUAUGAACCAGUAUGCAUCAGUUGGUGAACAUUUAGAGGCACAUCUCCUCAAUUUUAUUAACCAUAUCCAACAAGACAUGUAAGAAUAAAAAGAGAAUCCUUAAGUAAGACAGACCGAAGCCGCGCAAGGCUGAAGCCUCGUCGCGCCGUAUCACGU